GGCUGCGGGGGAGAGGGUCCUGCGGCCGCCCCGCCUAGGAGGGGCUUGUAGGCUGCCCGGGAAGGGGCCGGGGGAAAGGGAGCUGCCGGUAGUGCUGGGCGGUGCCGGCGGUCGCCGGGGCAGGCGGAGUGACUGACAGAGCGCUCCGGGGCUGGGGCUGCGCUGGGCUGGCGGCGGGCGGCGCUUCCCGGCCCUCCCUGGCGGCCGAGCCCGACAGCGCCGAUCAGAAAAUGGGGGUGGACGGCGGGCGGGGGGAGCGAUGCGUCCUCGGCUCUCGAUCUCCUAAAAUGGCGCUGAGGAGCUGGGCCCACUCGUUCUGGAGUUCUGGAGGCAGCUGAGGAGGCUGCGCCUGUCGCGAUGAACUCCGAAAAAAAUGAACCUUAUUUCCGUCGGUCCGGCUGUGGCGGGAGUUUGGCGGCAGCAGCUUCGUGUUCUCUGUGAAAUGUGAGUUUUAACGGAGCGCUCCAGCUGCGGGUUUUGCCGACUCAUGUUCUGUCUGCGGGUCAGGCCGCAGCUCAGAGACCCUCCCUGUCUGCGGGCCGGGACUUCGGCGGCCAAGUGAACUACAUCUUCAGAAAGAAAGAAAUGGAUGGGAUGGAUGAAACAUCUAAAAGAAUCCUAGAGCCAUACCAGUAUUUGCUUCAACUACCAGGUAAGCAAGUGAGAACCAAACUGUCACAGGCCUUUAAUCACUGGCUGAAUGUUCCGGAAGAUAAAAUACAGGUUAUCAUUGAAGUGACAGAGAUGUUGCACAAUGCAAGCCUCCUUGUGGAUGAUAUUGAAGAUAACUCAAAGCUACGACGAGGCUUUCCAGUGGCACACAGUAUCUAUGGAAUUCCAUCUGUAAUCAACUGUGCUAAUUAUGUUUAUUUUCUUGGCUUAGAGAAGGUUUUAACCCUUGAUCAUCCAGAUGCUGUUAAAGUUUUUACUCGUCAACUUCUGGAACUCCAUAAAGGUCAAGGCUUGGAUAUUUACUGGAGGGAUACGUACACCUGUCCUACAGAGGCUGAGUAUAAAGCCAUGGUACUGCAAAAGACAGGAGGUCUCUUCGGAUUAGCUGUAGGCCUCAUGCAGCUCUUCUCAAAUUAUAAAAAGGACUUAAAGCCGCUCCUUAACACACUUGGUCUCUUCUUCCAAAUAAGAGAUGACUAUGCCAACUUGCACUCCAAAGAAUAUAGCGAGAACAAGAGCUUUUGUGAAGACUUAACUGAGGGCAAGUUCUCAUUCCCAACCAUUCAUGCAAUUUGGUCAAGACCUGAAAGUACUCAGGUGCAAAACAUUUUACGUCAAAGGACGGAGAACAUAGAUAUAAAAAAAUACUGUGUACAUUACCUUGAAAAUGUUGGUUCCUUUGAGUACACUCGGAAUACAUUGAAAGAGCUUGAAUCUGAAGCCUAUAAGCAAAUUGAAUCACUUGGGGGAAACCCUGAGCUUGUAGCACUAGUUCAACAGCUGAGCAAAAUGUUCAAAGAAACGGAAAAUUAAGAAAUUGACUUCUGUGUGUCUUUUGAAAAUGGGAGAAUAACCAGAUGGAGAGUUGUGAUAAUCAGUCUUGUGUAAAACUUCCUCUUGUAGCCAUGUUACAGAAAUUACUGUUAAAAAUAACUAGUCAUUGAGUUUUGAAAUAUAUACCUUAUUAUCUCUAAAGUCUUAACUGUAACUGCUUACAGUUGAUUUUGUUGAAGCAGAUGUACUAGAACUAAAACAUGUUUUGAACCUAAGUGUAAUAGUCUUGACAGAAUCACAGGCAUUAUUUCAUACCUAAAACUCUCAUGCCCCUAACCAGGCUAUGAAAGGAUUUUGGUUGAAAUUCUGUGUUAAAUUAAAUCAAAGGUUAACAUGUAUAUAAAUUAUAUAACAUGUAUAUAAAUUAUAUAACAUGCAUAUAAAUUAAAUCAUAGGUUGACAUGUAUAUAUUAUGCAUUUUAAACAAUGCUUUUGUAAACCAAAAUUUGUGUUAAAAAAAAGACGGUACUUCAACCACAAUGCACAUAACAUUGUGUGAUAUUUCUAAGUUUGACUUGUGAAGAUCAGGGGGAUCAGUUUACUAUGUCCGAGGUUGAAUAUCCUAUCCAGCCUCUGUGGAUAUUUUCAGGGGAAUGUGAAUUAUGAAAGAUACUAUUUCAUAUGCAAAUAAGACAUGCUCAGUCUGAAAUUGUGACUUGAUAAAGAUUUUGCAGUACCUUAGAGAAAAGAUUUCAUCACAUCAACAGAGUGUAAAUUUGCUGCUGAUUCCAGCUCUGUAGUGAGUAAUUUUGCUCACCUGGUUUUAGAUUUUAAAAUUGUCAAGCAUUCUAUAGCCAGAAACUUAAAUCUGUGCAUUAGAGCUCAUAUAUGUAAGUGCAAAUAGCAACGUAAUGAGCUGCUAUUAGAAAUGGAAAGGGAUUCAUUCCAGGUAACUUUAGGACACCAUAAUUGGUGCUGGUCUCUUUAAUCUCUGCUUAUAAUUGAGGGGCUCCUCCAAGACUUUAUUCAUAAUUCAUAUUUCAUUCCUAUCCUGAAUUGCUGUCUAGAGGCAUGUUCUGUAUCUCUUCAAAGAGACAAGAGCUGUAAUUUUUUUCUUAAAACAAAGUACAGUAUCUUGUUUUACAAGCUACAAUACCACUUCAGUUUUGUUAAUUGCUUAAACAGAGCUUUAAAAUUAUAGACAUACCAAAAUAGAACUGGGACUGAGAGCAAGAUUUAGGGGUAGGGCUGAUAAGUAACUAAGUUCUCUGCUCAGAGAUAUAUAUAAAGUAUAAAAAUAUAUAUAUAUAUAUAUAUAUAUGUUAAUAAAAUGUAAGCAGAUAUGUUUGGUUUUUUUCUUGCCUGGACUGGCUUUAAUCAGGUUCAGUUCCCUUAGUAUUCACAGGUAUAUUAAGCUUUGCCUUGGGGUAGGAAGGUAAUGGUUUGGAUCAAAGGUAGGACUGGUGCUAUAAGCUGUGGUGUUAGCUCAAGCAUAGUCUGAAAUGGACAGAGGUGCUUGGCUUCUGAUGGCUAAAGGAUAGUUUUAUGCAGGUGUUCAUUUAUUGCACCUGGAAAACAGGGAGAGCUAUGAUCUCGGCCCACUGAGAAAACUAACUGAAGAAGGUUGCUGUAAUGUCUUUCCUGGGCAGCCUUAAUAUCUUUCUGAAAGUGAUCAAACAUGGCAAAAUUGGGGAUGACUGCUUUCAGGCUGAAAUAUUAUGUAGUUAUGGAUGAUAGCCUGUCCCUUUCAUCUGCAUGCUGAGGAGAAAUCUUUGAUUAGACACUGAAUAAUAGGCUUUUCAGUGAAUGGAAUUGGUUGUGAGGACUGAAUAGCUUAAAGUUGGUGAAAGGUGUCUUUAAUGUUAAUCAAAGAGAAUUGUUAUUCCUUUUUCAUAACUUGCAGUGCUUAGUAAGCCUGUAAGUUUUUAAUGUGUUAUGUGAAAAUACUAUCUGCAGCAAAUUACAUUUAUUUUGUGCCAUGUCUUGGAAGUUUCUAAGCACUGUUGCAGUUAAUGUUGAAUAGGGGAAAGCAUUGAAAAGAUUAUUGUUGUCAGGAGAAUCUCCUAGUCUUACUGUGAAAUGUAUCCUUGUGCCUGUUGGGAUAUUGUUACUGCAACACAAUGCAAAGUGCACUUAGUGCCAUUUCAUUUCUGUUCUGUUGCUGGAUGUAAACAGUUCUGUACAAUCAGACUUCCAUAAUGAAGUAGCUUUUCUUACUGUUUGUAUAAAGCUUUUCUACCAUCUGAGAUUUCUGCUAUGUCAUUGCUCCUUUUUUUCAUUCUGGCAAUUCACCCCAGUAUUUAUUCUAAUUCUCUAUCUUGUGGCAUGUGCCUUCAUUAGGAGUAGGUACAUAGCUGUUUUCCAGUUGCACACCAUUUAAACCACGAAUGGGUAAGAAGGGAACAGUUGGUCCAGCUUUCUUUUCCCAGGUUACAAGAGGCCAUGCAGCUCCCUCUUCUGCCUUCAAGGCGUUUGAUGUCAGCAUUCAAAGCAUAUGAUGAAGGCAUAUCUGGAAAGGCCCACAUCGUUGCUCUUCACUUAGGUUAGGAUAAACAGGAUUGUGAGAGCUGUUCUUGAUGUAUUCAGGAGUCAGAAGAGGCUGGGAUAUUUCCCCUUCAUCUGUUAAGAUGGUAGAGCAUCUUUAAGUACUAAAUGCCAGUAGAAAUGAUGUCUCUUAGUCAAGGUAGAUUUUAUAUUUGGUGCCGUAAGAUCAGUCUGCGCAUUUCCAUCGAUAUCCUCCAAGGUUAUCACUGGUUAAGUGUUAACUUAACGAUGUUUUCACUAUUAAGUGAUGCUCCUGAGGUUAAGUAGUGUUAAGAAAAACCCUUCUUUAAAGCAGCAUGGGAGUUCUUGUGACUGCACAGUUGUGUGAGUGCCCCUCUGUUGCUAUGCCUCCCACAACACAGGGAGUAGGGAUUUUUCCUGAUCUUCAUAAAAUAUGCACUGUUGUAGAAUGGCAAUCCAAGUUGCAAGUGGAGAUGCCCACGGGGAAACAAAGGGGAUGCUGGUUUCAAUGUCAGUCCCUUUGAGCCAGAAUCAUUCCCCUUAUCUUCCUACCAUUGCCAGCAAGUUGCACUUUGAUCAGGUUAUCAGUGCAUUUCCUGGGGAUUUAGUUCUUGCAGUUCAUAUUAAGAGAAAUGCAAAUACUCAUCAGUCUGGAGCAUUGCCCACUACCUCAGUCUGUUUUCUGAUUUUGUGCUUGCUUGGAUGUAAAUGAGUACUGUCAUCUGUCUUAGAGUAGCCAGCCAUUGGAUGGGACAUCUCUGUCUUUGCUUUUUCGUAGGCUUAUGUUUAUACAUAUACCCCAUCAAUUAUGAUGAAAAUUGCAUCAUGUUAAAACCUUCUUGAGAAGAUAGCUUUCUCCUCUCCUUUUGAACUCAGGCUGUUCAGGUACCCACUCAGAGCAAAUUUGUAUGUAUCAGCCAGUUCUUGAUAUAAACAAUGCAGAAAUGUUAAUGGGAAAAAAACUGUUGGCUGUUCUUCAUUUCUGUUUUUUUGUUAAUUUUGCUAAUCUGGCUGCAUGUGCUAUAGAAAUUUCCUAUAUUAAUGGCUGUUUUCCUCAAUUAUUGUUAAAAUGCUAGUAAGGUAUAAAAAUGUGGUGUUUGUGAGAUGGUUUGCAUUUCUAAUGUAAAAAUUGGUUUGAACUUUAAUACACCUUUACCACUGAAUUGCACCAGGCUUUUAUUCAUGUGCAAGAGCCAUGUGGGCAUCUGUUGCUCUUCUUUGUCCCAUCUUCAUCAUUUUACAUUUCAGGUUUGGUAUUUACUAUGCUCUUUGUAUUAUUUGCCCAGUACUUCCACUGUAAUUCUUCUUUCAGCUAUAUUUCUAUUCUGCUGUUAAUACCAAGCACACAUAAUACCAUCAAACUCAGUUUUGAUCCUGGACAAACAUACUAGUCUGGGACUACUUUUGAAAUGUUGAAUCUUGGCUCAUAAUUUGUCUUCACAAAAGUAAUCCAAGAUUGAUCCAAGAUUUUCUGCAACCUUGAAAUGCCUGAAACUUUUUUCCAGGAAGCUGAAGCCUGUAACAUCUUAUAUGACCAUAAAUUAUUUUUGUCUCAUAUAGGUUGAGCUACUUUCCUUGCCCUACCUGUUUGCUUUCAAGAUCCAUUUUGCUUUGGUGGUAAUGCCUGUUAGGUCUUUUUAUGAAUGAGCUUAACUAACUAGCCCUGCGGGAGGGAAGUUAAUUUUUGUCCAGGUUAAUGAAUUAUCCCACUCAGCAAGAGCCUGAUGAAUGCCAGAGCUGGCAGGUGGACAAAGGCCAAGGAAAGGAUUUCAGAAUAAGAAAACUCAUUUUGGCCUCCUAAGGCUGCCUCAUGUAAUUUUGCCUUCUUUUACAGAAUUUACUUGGCUUAGUUAGGAAAAGCUAAAGUGUGUGGUUAGUUUCCCUGAGCAUCCCAAACAGACUGUGAGAGAUACUUAAGUUAAAAAUUAUUUAUUCUGACAAUUAUUUAUGUAAUUUGCAUAUAUCAUCUAAAGAUUUUAUUAAAGGUACAGAUAAAACAGA